AUGAGGCUGCUACUUUGUCUUUUCUUCGUUAUUUUCCAAAUACAAUUGUGUCUAGCCGACCCAGUGACCUAUUUAAUCGAUCCAAACAAUCCAUCAUUUCUUUUUAAUGGAAAUGAUCACUCUGAUCAGACAACUGCCAUUAUCUUAGCCAGCAAUUUGUCGCUGCCCAUCCAAGUGAACGCUUACUUUUCCGAUUUUAGCAAUACAAAGUUUGCGAUUGCUGGCCCUGGUGGGGCAAAAUAUACCCAAGCCGCUCUCCAGCAACCAACUUCAAACAUUCGCCUCAAGCCACCUCUCACUCUCACAUUCACUCAAAACACAUCGAUGGAGUUCUAUUUGACAUUUGCCUUGUAUCCAACUGAUACUGACUCCGACUCAUCCAACGGCCCAUAUUAUUUGGGAUAUGACCGUUACUCAAUCGAUGUCUAUAAUGGCGAAGAACCACAAACCUAUUCAAUGGUGCAAUCGAAAGAAUCCGGCACAAUGCUCACUAUUGACGAAGGCUGCUCUUUGCGAAUUCACGCUGGCGCUGCUCCUGCCGAUCGUUCUGAUAAAUAUAUGAUUGGCGAUUAUCGGGGCAGCCGAAAACAGCCAAAUGGUUGGGCUCUACCAACUCUCUCAGCCGCCUACUACACUUUCACCAUUCCGCAAUAUUGUGGAGCAAAAUUCGACUUGAUUGAGCACACUGAAGGCACAAGACAGAUCGAAUUCAGCACACCGGAUGAUGGGUAUUGGAUUCGUGGAACGAUGGCUAGCUGUGACUAUCCUGGUGGAACAUUCAGCCGAAAAGAACCGGUCAAUCCGAUGAUACAGAGAUUUCACGUCGUCGGUCAAAGCCCGGCUCCGAUCAAUGUUUGGCCGAACUGGAACGACAAACCUGGGAGAAAUGGGUUUUGGAGCUUGGAAAUCUAUGAAAACGAUCAACUUGUUGCUUCUAAGAAUCAAACCACUUCACAAAGCGAGGGAUGGCUUCAUGCAACGGGACACGAUUUACUGGUGACUUGGGUGCCCGGAGAUCAACAAUCGGAGGGAAUCUUUGUUCGUUUCUACUACGACAGCCCGAUCACGAUUUAUCUCGAUGUUCACAAUGAUCCUCUCGUUUUCCAUACGGCUUACUGGCAAUUUACCCAAUCUGGCUUCAUGAUUCAAGCGCCCGGCUCGUUCAUUCACGUGAAUGCAAUGCAGCUCACCCAGACGCGAGCAAUCUACUUUUGGGAUAAAACGCAGAAUUAUAGUUUACCACAAAUCAUGGAGAAGCCCCGUCUUUUCAAGGAUUUUGUUCAAACGUCCCAACUCGAUUCAUGGUAUGACCGAUUUGUGGCCACAUUUACAAAAGUCGAUGUGAACGACACAGCUUUAUUCGAUUCAAUGGGCUUAAGCGAUUAUCGCUUUUGGUUUACAAAUGGAUUCUUUCUCGAGCGACCGGUGACAAUGAGAUUCGAUGCGAAGAAUCACUCUCAAGCGCUGACUGUUGUGGCUCCUCGGGGUGGUGCUGUUAUAAAUAGCGUUUUGAAGUCAAACUCCUGUGAAGUUCCUCUCUACGUCUCUGGGAUUCCAUAUGAGGAACUGAAGCAGAAAAUGCUCAUUUACACUUUCAAUGAUCAAAACGCUGCAACUUUUGCCCCAUCUCACAUCGUCUCUCCAGCAGCCACGUUUGUCGUUCCAGCGAAUUGCCAAUUCAGUUUUACCCUUCAGAGCAGCAAUGAUCCAUAUAGACGGGAACUCUUUGACGGCUCAAAUGGCUUCAUCUACAGCCAAGAAUACCCAGCAAACUAUGACAAUUACUAUUCGAUUUGGUCACCCGAUGACGCGACUGAUUAUCAACUUUAUCAAAGUCCCUCGCUUGGUGCGGCGAACGCGAACUUCUCGAUUGACAUUGUUUCCGCAGAUCCGGGAGUGAAUGGCAGUCUUGCUUUCACCUUCGGCAAAACUGGAAAACCACAAGAAACUAUUGGAAUCACAAAUCUCACGAAAAACUGGACGAUCCAAUCGGAUGGAACAAUGGUACAAAUUGAAUGGAACGAUACAAGUACACAAAGUGGAUUCUUGUUAAGAUAUCGGAUGAAAGCAGCUCAACUUACAACUAUCGAUGGAAUUAUCGAUCCCUUAAUAGAUUGGGUGAAGCAACCCAAUCUGAAAGUUCCAUCAAGGAUUGACAAUGUGAAACAAUGUAUUGCAAAAGCGGCCGAGUAUUUCUUCGAUUUCAAAGAGGAGACUCCAUUCGAUGAAAAAGCGAGAAAAAGACUCACCGAACUCAAGUUGGCUCAAGUGACGCAACUCGAGCAA